AUGAUGGCAUCGUCAACUAUAGCCCACUCUACACACCACCCGCUACCCGAAACCUCAACAUCUCAUCCCGACGACCCCAUACCUACAGAACCCAGCAUUUUCACGAUAUCCACUCCUUCGGUGAUCCAAAAUGAUCAGUCACCACCGGCCUCUACUGGCUCGGCCACGUCCGGCUAUGCAAGCGAUUCGGAUGCUUCUACCCCAGUCACAGAAUCGUCUGUCGAAGAUGAUGCGACGGACCCCGAGCAGGGAGACUCGGGUGAUGACACACCAAGAAGAAGACGCGCCUCGACGAUGCUGGUCUCGCAAAACUCGGAGGACAUGAGGAGAAUACUUGGAGCAGAAAAGGUUUGUUGUGGUGGAGGGUGCUGCAUGCUGUCACCGUCAAACAAUCAAGAAGCACCCCGCAUUAAAAAUCCAGUCAAGCCGCCUGACAAUAAAGCUUUUCAAGGUAUGGGCUUGAAGCUUGGCCCGAUUGGACUGGAGACAGACCUUAACAGCAUUGUGGAUCUACCUGAGAAGACUGUUUCGUUUGCUUGCCUCGGUACCAAUACUAUCAUUCCCGGACCAACGGUCGACACGUCCAAACAUCCCCCGAGAUUUGUGACCCCACAUCCGCCUUAUGAGGUUUAUUCUGCACCCUUAUUCCAUGCUCGGGAGCUCACCAGGCCUGGCGCCGAAAAACGGACGUACCACUUUGAUAUCGAUGUGACAGAUUACCCUGUUGAAAGCGGCAAUGUGGAUUUUGUUGUUGGUGGUGCAAUUGGGGUUUGUGCACCCAACCCUCCCCAAGUCGUCGACGCAAUCUUCGAUCUCCUUGCCGUGCCGAGGUUUGUGAGAGAUAAGCAGGUGCUAAUGACGACAACCAAUGGACGCUGGCCAACUAUUUGGGGAGAUGACCAACCAAGGGAGCUUGUAACAACUCGGCGAGAGCUUCUCACUUGGUGCUCAGACAUACAGUCGUACGCGCCUACCAAAGGUCUUCUCCGACUUCUCGCCGAGUAUGCAGAGGAUCCGCAUGAACGGAAGAUCCUUAUGUAUUUGUCCUCUGCUCAGGGUCAGCCAAGCUUUUGCGAUCUACGUACUGGCCCACAUAUCACUCUCUUCCAACUGCUCUCGGCGUUCCGCUCCUCUCGGCCACCUCUAGACCACCUCUUGUCCGUCCUCAACACCCUCAUGCCACGCUUCUACUCGCUCUCCCAGGAUCCACAAGUCAGCUGUCUCCGAGACGAGAAGAACUGCCGUCGUCUGAUUGAGGUCGCUGUCACCGUGCACGAGACUGAUGAUUUCGCCAAUGGCACCCGCACUGGCGUCGGAAGCGGUUUCCUCGAGAGAAUGGCACAGAGACUCAUCGCAGCGGAGAAGGCUGGAAUUGAUCCGCGAUCAUUGGAUCUUAGGAUUCCCAUGUUCCGAGGUCUGAUGGCAAAUCCCCUGGCAAGGGAGUUUGUGUCAGAUGGCCCAAUGCUACUGAUCGGAGCAGGCGUUGGUGUUGCUCCAUUUAGAGGUUUUGUUCACAGGCGGCUUCGAUCAGCCAAUUGCGCCAACAAGGUCUGGGUACUUCAAGGUGUACGCGACAGCCUGCUUGACGAGCUGUAUUCUGGAGACUGGGGCGUUCACGAAGACAAAGUGAAGAAGAUUGUGCAAAGCCGGAAAGGUGAGAAGAGAUAUGUUCAGGAGGAAGUCCGAGCUCAGGCAGACCUGGUCUGGUUCAUCAUCAACGCUCUUGAUGGUCGAGUGUUUGUUUGCGGAAGCACCAAGGGUAUGGGCGAAGGGGUUGAGAAAGCACUCGUGGAUGUGGCGAUGGGAAAGGGCAAUCUCAACGAGGAUGAGGCCAGGGCUUUCUGGGAAGGAAAGAAAGAGGCCGGUCAGUAUAUUGCUGAGACGUGGUGA